GCUGGCUGGAUCAAAUCAUAAUUUGUCAUCGUCCUUAUCAGAAAUGAGUGAAAGCUGAAGUUAGAUCAAAUGUCUGGUGCGUCUCCUCUCCAGACCGUGUGCCAUGGCUACGGUGUAUUUCUGUUUGUGGUUCAUCCUGAAGCUAACUUUGGUUACAGGUCUAUCUCCGCUUUACGUCCUUAAGGGCAGAGAGGUCAUCUUGACUCUGGCCCUAAACAAACCCCCUGAUGACAUUCUGUGGAAGCACAAUGAGGACAAAGUGAUCACGUUUGAUGGUACAGAUGAGCGCGUGUUUGAGCCAUAUCACGGCAGGGUAACUCUGUCCAGGAACACAGCCACACUGACCAUCUCAGACAUCAGAUGAAGACAGUGGAGAGUAUGUUCUGGACGCCAUCAUCGGCGUGAGGCUGCACCGCUCACAAUAUAUGCUCAAGGUCCUAGACAAAGUUUCCAAACCUGUGAUCAGAUGUGAGAUGAACAGUACAAAACAGAACAGUACUAUUACUUCUGCAACACUGUUCUGCUCUUCACCGUCCAACACUCCAGAAGCUCUGACGUUUAUCUGGAGACUGGAAGGUAAAAGCGAGUUGGGCCAAACUUUACCCAUCGCCCUGGGCAACGGGCACGAUGACAUCACGUACAGCUGCACCGCAAAUAACUCCCUGCAGGAAGAGACCAGCACCUUCAAGGCCAAAGACUGUUACACAGCAGAAGAAACUCAAGAGCAUCUGUCUAUAGUUUUACCCAUUGUCAUUGUUUCCAUAAUUCUGUUGGCAUUGUUGGCGUUUUCUUCAUCAUAUAUUCGUAUCGAAGAAAGAGAGCAUGUUCAAAAAUGGGAAAGAAUGACGACUGUGAAAAACAGCUGAAAGCAGCAGAGCAAAAUCAAGAUGAGUCGAAGCCAUUAAUAACAA